ACAACAAUUUUUCGUGGUCUAAUUUGCCGUAAUUUUUUAUUAAAAUAAUAUAAUUAUAAAUCAUAUAUUUUAUAAAUAAGUAUCAUUAUUGUGUUUUCUUUUAUUCUAAUGACAUUUUAUUAAUGUUUAUAAGCUUACGUUGACGCCAUGUUGACUAAAAAUCGCUUGAGGCGUAAUGGCACUUUAACUAUCUUAAAAGCAUAAACCUAUUGUUGAGUAAGGAUUUUUACGGAGUUAUGACGUGUAUCAGUGUUUAAUAAGUUAGCUGGAAACCGCUGUCGGUUAAAAAUUAUAGCAAUGGAGGAGCCAAUGUUCCAACAACCAAAAAUGGAAGAUGUUUAUCCAACAAAAAUAGAAGGACACUUCCUUGAUACCAAGUCUCAGGAAGAAUACCCACCAGCUAUGCCUGAAGACUAUGCAAUGCCUAAAGAAGAACUCGCAUACCCACCUCCGAAGGUUGAAGAUCAAAUCAUACCAAGACCAGGACCUAUGCCCAAUCGGCCUCCAACUAAGUUCAUAAGUGUUACCAGCUCCGCAUUAACCGAAGAACAAAGAGCUAUGUACGAGUCGGUUCUAUCAACUUGGAAACCAGUUAUGUUUCCAAAACGAACUAAGCGAUACAUAUGCCAGAAGUGUAACAAGGAAUUCAAGAAUUACCAAAAUCUAUACCUCCAUACGACAAGGGUGCAUUCAUCGGAAGAGUCUGCGGUUAUCUGUGACAUAUGCGAUAAAACAUUUAAGAAUAAACACUAUUUAUACAUGCAUCGGAUGAACAAACACUACUCUGACUCAGAGAAGUGCUAUUGCCAGUUCUGUCUCCAAGAGUUCAGGACGAGGCGAGCACUGCACAUGCACGUUAAACGUAUACACCCAAACACGUUGCCAGAGAUUAAGUGUCCGGAGUGUGGUAAGGAGUUCGCAGUGCCGUACAAGUUGAGAUAUCACAUGGACAACUGCCACAGGCCCGACAAAGACAAAUAUAAAUGUCACAUCUGUCAAAAGCUAUACAAAAGUCACCUAAAUCUGAACAGACACCUCCAUUUCCAGCACUCGCAAGUGGAGAGACAUCCGUGCGUGUUCUGCCCGAUGACGUUUAAGUCACGGCACCAUAUGAAACGGCACAUCCUAAACAUACACCCGCCGCUCGAGUCCAAAGUGACAUGUCCGGAGUGUUUGAAGGAGUUCAAGAACGACCAGUACUUAAAGGAGCAUAUGCAAGUUCACACUUCCUUCGAGAAGAAGGUGAAGUGUGAUUUGUGCGAUAAAUUCUUCCAUUCGGCGGUACGUUUGAAGAAGCACAAGAAAAUUGUGCAUCCGAAUAAGCCGAAGAUACGCUGCGAGAAGUGCGACAAGGAGUUCGCGCACGCGCACUACCUCCGUCGCCAUAAUAACUCGGUUCACGUUGAAGUCGAUGAGAGUAACUACCAACACGAGUGCGAUCAGUGCGGAAAGAAAUUUAAGAUUAAGAGAUAUUUGAAUAACCACUUGCAGAGACAUGAGCAACAGCACCUGAAACGUAUAUCGCAGAUGGUGAAGACAGUCAUGGACGACGGGGAAGCCCCACCAAAGACGGCGAAGAAACGGGGAAGGCCCCGAAGCGCGAGAAAGGAAAUCGAGUUCAUUAAAUGCGAACCGGUUUCGAGUUCCGAAUCCGAGUCCGGGGAAACGGAUUCUGAAUCAGAAUAACUGUUUUCUUAUUACCAAUUUACUUAAUAUUUAGCUUAAAAUAUGAGCAUUUUAAAUAAGAUACUUUAGGAUAAACCAUUCUUCAGAUGAACCUCAUUCGGGGUGCUAAUCGCGAAGUGACAGCAAUAAUUCGGAAAUUAUUACCCAAUUUUUUCAACUAGGUAAUGCUAGCUCAUUUUGAACGGAUAAAAUUUAGGGCAUAAAAUUUUUAAAAGGCAAUUAUCGAUGUUUAGCUAAGAACAAAAUGUUGAUGAAAUCUUUCUAUUGAUAAAUAUUGAAUAUGGAGUAGUGCGGUGUUUUGAAAGAUUGUUUGAAGAUCGAUGUUCACCGAAAUACAAGAUAAUGGCUGGUUUUUCCGAGUUGUUUUCAGAGAAAGCUUAAAAUUAGUUCUAUAUAACUUCGGUAUAUAAAAAAAAAAACUCUUUUAAAGUCUUAACAGUGAGAAAUAAUCCAACUUGAACCAAUUUUUUUUUUAAAAGAUCUGGUGACUCGUAUGUUCUCUGAUAGCAUUAAAAUUUUAUAUUAUAAGCGCAAGCAGAAAUUUAAUCGAAUUCUGUUUUAACUGAUUCUGAGCGAAUAUUAGUUUAGAAGAAAUACAUAGAAAAAGUGUAACAAUCGAUUUCUAAAAUAAUUCGAUCAACCAUCGUGUGUCAAGUUCAUUAAUUCAUUCAUUAAUAUUAUCUCGGACCACUUUACCACUGCUACUAUUCGGCAUUUUUUUAUAAAAUAGCUGAGUCAGGUCUAUUAUUCGUGUACAUAUUUUUAAAACUUAAUUACCGGUUUUUUAUACAAAAAUUUCGGUAAUAUGGUUUUUUACAAAAAAAAAAAAAAAAUCUGACGACCGCCAUGCCGCCAUUUUCUUAUGUAUAUAUUUUUCAAUAAACUAUGGAAUAAAAUAUAAGGGAAUAAUAUUCGUUAACUUAUAUUUUAAGGCAAGUGCUUAAGGCUUAUGAAUGGAAAUAUUUUAAAUAUUUUUAAUGCUAUCGGAAAACUUGUAAACUUGCCCGGUCGCUGACGUAAUGCGUUCCUGACAGCUGUCAGUUGACAUCUGACAAGUGACGCAUCACAAACAAACAGUCGAUAUAACAUUGCGAAUGACAUUCCUCAUUGGUCGGACAAUAAACGAUUGUAAAAAUUUUAUCGUAAGUUCUUCGCCGCUUCGAAGUUACGUCAGGAAAUAAGGAGGAAGGAAUACGUCAGGAACGCAUUCUCGCAGCGACCGGAUGUUAACUGUGUAUUUAUGUUUUGAAUGCAUAUAAGCAUUUAAAUUUUAGGGUGCAUAUGGGUUUUAUAAAAAGGAACUACCUCAGAUAAUGAUUACUAAAUGGGUACGACUUGAUAUGUCUUGCUGUCGUAGUCACUUGCCGUGUCGAGUAAGGUCGUCAUUAAAAGUUACGUUACGCGAUCACUUGCUCUGAUCGCGUAUUAUAUUAAUUUGUAAAUAGGUUUUAUUAAAUCGUUUAGGAAUCGUAACUUUAUAUUAUCUUUAAGGACCAUAUGAAUUGUAACAAAAUAUAUUCGACUUUGGCAUUAUAUUAGUUAUCAGCUAUGUCUUAAUUUUAUAUAUAUAUAUAAUCUGUUGUAUUAUAUUAGUGUGAUUAUUUUAUUACGUUCUUAAUUCCGUUAUAUAAGGGGGUUAAAUAAAAUUCUGGGGUAGUUCCGCGUCGAAUAAUGUUUUUUAAUCUGUAAAUAAUUUACUUAAAAUUGUCUAUUUGUAAAGAUAUAUUUCUUUUUAAAACAAAUCUUUAUCGUAAGAUAGAAUAAAUAUUAUAAAUUUUUCCUAUUAUGCACUAAUUAUUUACUUUGUUAUUACAAAUAAAUGGUUUAACAUAAUUUUUUUUUAUGUUCUCUUUUCUGGA